AUGGCACUAACAGGUGUGGAAUAAGUCAAGUGUAAUGUUUCAGAACUGUCAUGCCUUCUCAAAGGGUGUGACCUGCAUUACUAUGGAAAUAAUUGGAUGGAGGGCAGGAAGUCUAAUUCAAAUGUAUUAAUAUCCUAGUAUUUAUCCUGACAUUAAUAUUACUCACAAACAUUUUAGUCUUUUAGCAGAUGCUCUUAUCCAGAGCAACUUAUAGGUGCAAUUAGGGUUAAGUGAUUUGCUCAAGGACACAUAGACAGUUUUCUCACCUAGUCAGCUUGGGGAUUCAAACCAGUGACCUUCCAGUUACUGACGCAACGUUCUUACCCACUAGGCUACCCGCUGCGGUUACACCAGAGAGCAGAUGUGUUGUGCUUCUCCCCAUCGCUGUUUUAACUGGGAACCCUGUGAGAGGCUGGAACAUUUCUCUCUGAAUCACUAUCCGACAGCCCACCAUUACUCUGGAUGUGUCCCUGCAGUAAACUUAAUUAACUCCCCAGAACCUCUACACUGUGACUUGGGGCCAGAUUAAAUCACCACACAACGCUGCUUGCAAAUUACAACCGCUGACUCUGAGAGCCCACUGAGUCCCUAUGGAGAAGACCCCAGGGCUAGUCCAAUCACACAGGUUAAUCUCCAAUCAGGAGCUAGGUCAAAAGGUCCCAGGACUUAGAUACAUCAACAACUCUGGUGUCCAACCAAACCACUGUCCCACCUCAUCCAUUCACUGAGGAAGGGAAAUGAACACUGAAAUAUGACUGGGAGGUAUACGUGGAUAAGGAGACCUCUAGAGACCGUUUUAUCACAUGUGUGAUGGUGUCAAAGCACAGGAGGUUGGUGACACCUUAAUUGGGAAGGACAGGCUCCUGGUAAUGGCUGGAGCAGAAUAUGUGGAAUUGUAUCAAAUACAUUUACAUUUUUACAUUUUAGUCAUUUAGCAGACGCUCUUAUCCAGAGCGACUUACAGUUAGUGAAUACAUUUUUUUAUUUUUUAUACUGGCACCCCGUGGGAAUCGAACCCACAACCCUGGCAUUGCAAACGCCAUGCUCUAUCAACUGAGCUACAUCCCUGCCGGCCAUUCCCUCCCCUACACUGGGCCAAUUGUGCGCCGCCCAUGAGUCUCCCGGUCGCGGCCGGCUGCGACAGAGCCUGGAUUCGAACCAUAAAAUUCGUCAUAGCCUUGUAUAAAAUGCAUUAUGAAAGGAAAUUGUGCAAUGUGGGCUCCACAAAAUAUGAACUGCAUUAUGAAGAACAUUGUGUAGGCAUAGGCCCACACGAAAAAAGGGACUUUCUGACUACAAGUGCACCAGUAUCCCAAAGUAUUAAGCGAAAACAAGCAUAGAAAACAGUAUUGGCAGUAAUCUAGUGGCACAGUUAGCACUGCGAUGCAGUGCCUUAGACCACUGCGCCACUCAGGAGAUCAAACACAUGGUUUGAUGCCAUUCCAUUUACUCCGUUCCAGCAUUAUUAUGAGCCGUCCUCCACUAAGCAGCCUCCAAUGUGUCAGAGAUGAUGUUAGCCUAUAGGAUGUGAGGGGAAUGGUAAUGGAGAAGGACACUGGUCCUUUGUGAUUGGUUAUGAUUGGUGGUGAAUGAUUGAUUGAUCAAUGUUCUAGUUUUGCUAAAUGUAUCCAUUCAAUGGGACCUUUCACCACAAUGUGUCUAAGCACUGGAAGUGCAGUAUGUCCCUCUAAAUGGUCAUUCUGCCAUGUGGAAUAGCGUUCACUUCCCCUUGUUAUCUGUCUGACAUCAUUUCCUCUUCUUCUUCCUAUCUUCAGGUCAGUUGGCAGCGGGUACGUGUGAGAUUGUCACUCUGGACCGGGACAGCAGUCAGCCGCGGCGGACCAUAGCACGACAGACGGCGAGGUGUGCCUGCAAGAAGGGACAGAUUGCCGGCACCACAAGAGCCAGACCGGCUUGUGUAGACGGUAAGAGCCAAGAGCCACCUCCAUCCUUCACUUUCAGAGAGAGCCCCCCAAGCAGAGGGAUUGAGAGGGGCUUAGAAAGCUCCCCUCGAGGGCCUCUUUGGGCCACCACCCCCUGUGUAUCCCCAGGACCAUUUCUGAUGUUGUGGAUUACUCCGUUAUCUCUGUUGAGGUGGUUUAGGCAUCUCGUAUGGGAAUGGAAUGUUGCAUUGCAUUUCAUCACCUGCUGUUCUUGACCUGGUUGCUGUCUGGGGAGGAUUGGAAAGCAGCUACUGGCUGCACAGAGAAUUGUCUCUCUCUGUGGGGAUUCCAUUGAGCUUAUAUUACUUUGGACGUUCUAUCAAGUUACAAUACCUUCUCUCCCUUUGUGCAAAGAUGAUUAACAAAAGCCCUCCUGGAUCAAAACUUCUCAACUUAUUAGGGGUUUAACGAUUCGUUUUAACAACGAUUCGAUUUGUAUCACGAUUCGUGGUUGUCGAUACGAUUCAAGGGCGAUAUUGGUUCAUUUAGAACGAUACGAUCCGAAACGAUUCAGUGACUUGAAAUCGAUUCAGUAACCUUUUAGCCAAAAAUUCAACCAGUGUGACUGAAAUAAAUACCUGGAUACUGGACAGUGCAGGUGAAGUUUCCUAGAUUCCUUUUUCUUGUAAGGACUGCAAUAGUGGCUUGAUAAUUUCUCGCUCGUCGGCUUCUCCUCUGUCGUCCGCCAUGCUAUGUUUUGUUGUCUUUGCGCUUUUGCGCUGCUGCUGGCGCGGGGCGAUGACGUCACGGAUAGGCAGACUGAAUCGAGUAAUGUUUAAAGCCUUUAUCAUUAAAAGUGCUAAGAAAAAACAUCCAUAUAAAGUCUGACGUGCUUAAAUCCAAUGGGUUAUUUCCUAGUAUCGAUACAAUCGAUUUAUUACAUUUUAAAACGAUGUUAGAUUGAUAUAUGUUGUCCAAAAGGCCAACUCGCCGAGCACAGAUCGAUGUAGUUGGAUCAUACGAAUAUAAAUCGAUACAUCGAUGUAGUAGAUGGAUCGUUACACCCCUACAACUUAUAAAGGCUGAAAUUGGCAUUUUGCACUAGUUGUGACAGAAAUGUGUAUCCUUUCUAUAAUGUUGCCUAGCACCAAAGUGACUAUUUUAGGCACCCUCAACUUUGUUUUGUCAUUUUGAGAAUGCUGCUGGUCGCUGUGACCUGUUUUUCCAGAUUUAGUGUUGACAACUUGCCUUUGACACUCUUCCUGCAGCUGUUGUUGCUAUGAUACCGCUCUACCUAAGUGAAAUGCAUAACACAACAUCCUAAUGACAAGUUUAACACCUGAGGUGUCUCGUGGUUGUCGUUGCUCUUAAAAAUAUGUCGGCAUACAACUUCAGUGACCUUUACUUACAUAGAGCAUGCCGUAUCUUUGCAGGCUUGGUAUUUAUGUCAGGUCGCAUCUUAGCUUGGCCACUCACUUUCUUUUGUUGUUUGUUCCAGAAAUAAACAUUGGUGAACGAACCAUAGAGCAGGGUUUACUCCAUCAGAGUGAAAAAAACAAAUGAGAUUUCAAUCAUUUUGAAUCUUCCCCUCAGUCCUCAAGGUCCCCAAGCAGCAGUACCACGUGCUCUAA